AUGGAUAUCAUGAAAGUAAGUAUGUUGUUAAUAUUUGAAAUUUCCAUGAAAAUAAAUUACACAAAUAAGAUACUUUACUGUACUACUACUACUACUACUACUACUACUACUACUACUACUACUACUACUACUACUACUACUACUACUACUACUACUACUACUACUACUACUACUACUACUACGACUACUACUACUACUACUACGACUACUACUACUACUACUACUACUACUACUACUACUGAUAAUAAUAAUAAUAAUAAUGGAAAAAAAUUUUAG